UCGUUUCGCUCUCACUUUCGAUACCGAUGCCGUCAAACCGAUGCCAAGUCGAUGCCGGGUGACGGCAGCGAUAACCAAACCAACACCAACAAGUGGCAUUUUAGCGACUGCGACGGCAACAACGGUUGUGCAGCGGCAGCAAGAAAAACAGUUUGAAAGUCGGUUAAAUCGAAACCGGUCGUGGGUUUGGUGAUAUCUCAAAACUGGAGACUGAAAAACUGCAGUAUUGUCUACGUGGACAAAUUGAUAACCAUUUUGGGUAAAAUUGCCAGCAGUUUGUUUGUUUGUUUACUUUGCUUUGCCGCUGCCGUCGUUGCCUGCGUCGACGUUGCCAACGCCAGCGUUAAUCUUAACGCACUGCUUAUCGCAAUCCUUAACGAUUAUGCACGCAUAUCAAAGUGCCCCAGUUGAGAGAAAAGUUCAAACUCCCAGCUCUGAAAUGCGACUGCUAAGCAACAGCAACAAGGUCUUUUGGAAUUUGACCAAACUUUCGAUUAGCAAUCAAACGCCCAAUGUGCUUGUCAAGCUUCAACCAGCCAACUACAGAAGCAAGAGCACCGAUGGCGGCGACGGACCCGAGGCAUCCACCAAGCAAAAGUUAUUGACAUAUCCGGUGCUGCCGUUAAAUGAAACGCUGCAGCGUUUCCUGCUCACAGCUCAACCGCUGUUGACACCCUCGGAGUUUGAAAAGCAGAAGAAGAUCACACAGAAAUUCGAAGAGAAUGAAGGCGAAAAGUUGCAGGGCCUGCUGGAGGAGGUGGGCAAAUGUGAGAAGAACUGGUUGGCACAUCGCUGGUUAACCAAUGCGUAUCUGAAGUAUCGUGAUCCUGUGACCGUUUAUGUUAGUCCCGGCAUGACAUUUCCGUAUCAGCAGUUCAAGGAUAUGCGUGAAUAUGUUAAGUACACAGCCCAGGUGAUAUAUGGGCUGGGUGAAUUCAAAGGAAUUGUGGAUGCUGGGGAGAUACCCAUUGUCAAGAUGGGUAAAAAUGAACUGGACAACAGUCAAUUUGGAAAAGUGUUUGGUACAUGUCGUAUACCGAUUCGGGGCACCGAUCGCAUCGUUUACAAUCCCAGUUCCAACUAUGUUGUUGUCAUCUACAAGAAUCAUUUUUAUAAAUUGUCAUUGUACGAUGGCGAAGGUAAUCUGUUAACUUCUGCCACACUGGCCAAGCAGCUGGAGGAGAUCAGGGAUGCGGAGAGUGAUUUUGGUGUACCCUAUGGCGUUCUAACCACAGAUUCACGCGACAAUUGGGCCGAGGCCUAUGAACAACUCGUGAAGAAUCCUGAGAAUGCAGCAACUAUUAAGACCAUUCAAGUUGCUCUAUUCACUGUAUCGAUGGAUGAAUGCAUCGAUCUUAAGCCUGGCCAAGAGACUAAUCAAUUGAUUCUUGGCCUGAUACAUGGAAAUGGCAGCAAAGUGAAUAGUGGAAAUCGUUGGAUGGAUAAGACUAUUCAGCUGGUUGUCAAUCCCAAUGGCAACGUUGGCUUCACCUACGAACACUCGCCAGCCGAGGGUCAACCCAUUGCCAUGAUGAUGGAUUAUGUGGUGAAGAAGAUGGCUGAGGACGCCGACUUUGGCAGCUGCGGCUCCACAAAUGUUGAGUGCGGACCACAAAAACUGAGCUUUGCUCCGCUUAAUGAUUGUGUUGGCCAAUGGCUUUUCUAUGCCAAUCGCAACAUUGACAAGCUCGUCAACGAUUUGCAGUGCAAUGUGUUGAAGUUCCCGUGCUACGGCAAGAAUUACAUCAAAAAGCAAAAGCUGGGACCCGACAGCUUUGUGCAAAUGGCAUUGCAGCUGGCCUUCUACAAAAUUCACAAGGUGCCAGCUGCCCAAUAUGAAUCAGCGCACUUGCGCAUCUUCGAGAAUGGACGUACAGAAACUAUUCGUUCUUGCUCAAAUGAAUCGCUGGCCUUCUGCAAAGCGAUGACCGGUUCAAAUGUAUCGCUGGAAGAGAAGGCUGGCCUUUUACGUCAGGCAGUCGUGGCACAUCAGCAAUAUGCGAAAAAUGCCCUGCAGGGCAUCGGCGUGGAUCGUCAUCUACUGGGCCUCAAGCUGAUGGCACUGGAGAACAACUUGCCAGUGCCUGAAUUCUAUUCCUCUCCUGGCUACACCAAGUCUAUGCACUUCCGCGUGUCCACAUCGCAGGUGGCAACCUUAUACGACGCCUUUAUGGGUUACGGUCCAGCCACUGAUGAUGGCUAUGCCUCUUGCUACAAUCCUCGCGAUGAUGACAUUAUUGUGGCCAUCACAUGCUGGCGUUACAAUCAAGACACCGAUCCCGACAAGUUCGCCAAGGCGCUGGAGGAAGCCUUCCUGGACAUGCAGAGUGUGCUCGAGCAAACCAAGAAACCCAAGUCCAAGUUGUAGUGGC